AUGUUUCCCUUUGUAGAAGGAACUUCUAUUGUUCGCCCACCACUCCUCAAUGAUUCCAACUAUCCUUAUUGGAAAGUUAGAAUGAGAGCCUUUAUCAAAUCUCAAAAUGAGAAAGCAUGGAGGAUGGUUCUUUUAGGAUGGUCUCCUCCUGUUGUGGUAGAUUCUGAAGGUAAUUCUAAAUUAAAAUCUGAACUUGAAUGGUCUACUGAAGAUGAUAAUUUGUCUGCUUAUAAUAGCAAAGCUUUACAUGCCAUAUUUAAUGGAGUAGGUGAAGGUUAUAUUAAGCUUAUAUCUUCUUGUGAAUCUGCUAAGGAUGCUUGGCAGAUCCUUCAAACUCAAGAUCUGACUCUGCGGGCGCGUGUUUCUGCCAAGACAGAAGAGAAGAAGUUGGAGUUGCUGUAUCUUCGGUGGAGUGAGCACCAUAAAAAACUUUGCAAUUUCAUAAGGACUAAGACUGAGCCUCCAAUUUAUUAUUUGCCAAAGAAGCCACUGGAGGCUGAUGCAAAUGAAGCUGAGCAGCGGAAAGAACAGGCAUUUGAAGAAUGGAAGGCUUCUAGGAGAGAGGAACUGACCAAAUACCAGAAAGAGAUUGGGGAGCAAUAUCUUGCCAAUGUUGAGAAAGAGUUGGAGAGGUGGCAAAAUGCAAGGAAUAGGAAAGUAAAUAAUGAUGUGCUGAACUUGCAGGAAACAAUGGACAAAGAAUUGGACACCCAUAGACUUGAGCAUGGUCCCAAGAAAAGAACGAUUCCGAGCGAAUACCAGAAAGAGAUUGGGGAGCAAUAUCUUGCCAAUGUUGAGAAAGAGUUGGAGAGGUGGCAAAAUGCAAGGAAUAGGAAAGCAAAUAAUGAUGUGCUGAACUUGCAAGAAACAAUGGACAAAGAAUUGGACACCCAUAGACUUGAGCAUGGUCCCAAGAAAAGAACGAUUCCGAGCGAAUACCAGAAAGAGAUUGGGGAGCAAUAUCUUGCCAAUGUUGAGAAAGAGUUGGAGAGGUGGCAAAAUGCAAGGAAUAGGAGAGCAAAUAAUGAUGUGCUGAACUUGCAGGAAACAAUGGACAAAGAAUUGGACACCCAUAGACUUGAGCAUGGUCCCAAGAAAAGAAUUGGUUUAAUUCAUUAUUAUAAGAUUUUGGUUUUCUUUUUUUUAAUUAUAGAAUUUAAAUUAAAUGGAUUGAUUAAUGGG